AUGGCGACUUUAAUUUCACCAACACCCGCGUCCUUUUCCGCCAGCUCGAACGGGUAUCGACACGCUCCUCACUCUCUCUCCCGCAAUGGCUUAUUUAGGUCCUCAAGCCACCGUGCGCCCACAGACGGCCAGCGCAACUUGACACAGCAGUCUACCGGCGACAGCUCCGACGAUGAUGACCUGGCUCCUGUCAAGCUCAGCGCGGAAGCUCAGGCGAUCCUCGAGGGCAACUCACAGACGGCCGAUGACAAGGAGAAUUCCCAUAUAAACGUGCAACAUAAACGAACAAUUACCACCACGAAUGAAGGUUACAGAUCAACUUCCGGGCAUAGAUUCAGAAAACCUUUCGCUGCCCAUGGUACCGGCAGUCCCGCGCCCAGACCAGCUCGCGAAACUUCGGCCUCGCGGCCUACACCAAUGACGACUUUGGGAAGAGAUGGUUCUUUCAUGUAUAAGACGCACGAUAAGAGCACAACACAACAUACCAGUCCUCCAAAAGAGCGAUACCUCUCGCCUGUGCGCAAGGCAUCUCGCUCGCCGCCUCAGAAGAUCUCACCGGAGAGACAGCCGCAGCAAGGAGCUAUCGAUCAUCCUCAAAGUCCCCAACAUCACAAUGAAGGUUUUGAGGAUGUUCCGGCAGCCCCCGAAACAAUAACACGGCCUCGUAGAGCCGAUGAUCAUGGCGCUCAUAGCACGAUGCGCAUCCGAAGAAUCGGCACCUUGUCUGGCAAGCCAAGGAGAGCAGGGAUGAUUAGAAGGCCCAGUGAGGAUGAGGAUGGACCAGCUCUGGACUACGACCGAGGAGGAUCCAACAGCCCCGAAAUGCAGGUCGGCAGACGAGCGGCAGAGCCUGACUUGGACGAUCAGCCAGACCUUGGGUUUGCUCCGCGCGGUAGUCCGCAGCCAGCAUCUCGAGGCAGCAGUAGUAAGAGGUCAAAAGCAGAGCUCGUUCGCGCACAGUCUCCUCUGGGGCAGCUGCGUCAGCCUCCUGUUUCUCCAGUCCGAGAACCACUCGCCCCAAAAACGCGACCCACACCAGCGUCGAAUGGCUCCCAGCCAUCUACCCGCUCGUCUGGCUCUCAGCGGAGGCCAACGUUCAAAGUGCCGCCACUUCCAACCGAGGCUGCGAACGACCAGGAAAACGACCCGCCGCCAACAUUCAAGAGAUCCAAACCGGCUGCUCCGGUACUGCAAGUCCAUGAAGACAUUCAGCCGGAAAAGCCAACUCCUGCAGCAUCAUCACCUGAGCGGCCGCCAUUGGCGACAGUGAUCAACAAUGUUCCACAUAGACCUGCACCAGCGCCGCCGCCAAAGAUGUCGUCGCUCUUGGAUGCAGCGACCUCGAAUCCUGCUCGCAGCAAAAAGGGAUCGUCUCAUGUUGUCAUCAAUGGCCGACAAUACCGCCGUCUCGACUGCAUCGGGCGCGGAGGAUCUUCCCGUGUCUAUCGCAUCAUGGCUGACAACUUCAAGAUCUUCGCGCUCAAACGUGUCAACCUAGAAGAGGCCGAUGCCGCCGCCAUCGCUGGCUACAAAGGAGAGAUCGAUCUGCUGAACAAGCUGGCCCACGUUGAUCGGGUCAUUCGUCUGUUCGAUUAUGAAGUCAAUGAUGAUAAGCAGCUGCUCAAUGUCAUGAUGGAGCUUGGCGAGACAGAUUUUAACAAGAUGCUCAAUGAGCAGUGCAAGUCGGACAAUGCCAAGCUGGAUGUGACUUUCACGAGGCAUUACUGGAAAGAGAUGCUGGAGUGCGUUGGCGCUGUGCAUGCCGAAGAUGUCGUCCACUCGGACCUGAAACCUGCCAACUUUCUUCUCGUCAAAGGGCGACUGAAGCUUAUCGACUUUGGCAUUGCCAACGCCAUUCAAGACGAUACGGUCAACGUUUACCGCGAGAACCAGAUCGGUACGCCUAAUUACAUGUCUCCAGAAUCUCUGAUCUGCAACAACGUCACUUCUGGUGCACACGGCGAAGUCAAGGAGAUCAAACUGGGACGACCAUCCGAUGUGUGGUCUUUGGGAUGCAUCUUGUAUCAGAUGACAUAUGGACAGCCCCCCUUUGCACAUAUUCAAAGCCAGAUGCAACGCAUUAUGAGCAUCCCCAAUCCAAAAGUCGAGAUUCAAUUCCCAACACGCGGCAUAGGCGGCGCAGUGGUACCUUUUGGCCUCAUCAAAACGCUUCGGCGAUGUCUGACGCGCGAGCAAAGUCUCCGACCGACAAUCCAAGAAUUGCUGGCGGACACCGAUCCGUUCCUCAACCCCGUCGCCAUCUCGCCCGACAUGCUCGGCCGCGUCAUUGGCAACGUCGUCAGCUACUGCCGACGUCGCGAGGAAGGUAUGCGCAAGAGCGGCGAGCUGCCGGCUGAUGGACCGAGCUGUCUACCUAAAGAUGAGGACAUGAGGGGGUGGCCCGGUGCAUUCUACGAGAAGUUGAAACAAGCAAUGGAAGACGGGACUGCCUGGUAG